GUAUUUUUUUGCGGGGAUAAGGAAAUUAAAAUUCACUAUUUACAAAUUUUAUUUGAAAAUUAUUUAUUAAUGGAAGCUCACUUAUCCUGGAUACGCCACCGGCUCAAUAAAUCACUACAAAAUACAUAGUUUACAACGUCGCUAACAAUUAACCUACGUACACCGCUCUCUUCUCUUUUUCAUUGAACUUAGUUCUUUUCACAAGUAAACUUCACUAUUCCGUUGAUUUUAACAUCAGUAAUACGAGUACAUAAGCUAUCAGAUGGUCGCUAACAUGUUUAGGCAGGCCUUUAUGGCUUUACAAAUCUAUUGGACUAGUCAAAUAAUAGAACAGUUUGUUUCCGCGGAUGUUAGCAACAUGAUAUAAGUAAGAAGGUAGAACCCGCGCCAGGACUAUGCCAUACAACAAAUGAUCACAAUACAGUUUAGCUGCAGUGCUCGUACAACUACUGUUACUCUUCUACCAGAUCAAGCGAACCAUCGACUAUAUCUUAUACAGACAUCGUAUCUCUAAAAAGAUAAUAAUGAAGUUCAAUUUGAUUUUAUUGGUACUGUGCAUGGCCUUCAUUGUGGAGUCUCUCGGUGAUGAACAUCCGUACUGGGAUAAAAAAGUACGUUUUUGUGGAUCAAUUCUCGGAGAUGAGCUCUCAAUUAUCUGUAAAGGCGUUUACAAUGAACAUCAAAGUUACUCUUCCAAACCUAAAAGGAAUGUCGCUGAUGAAUGUUGUAAAACAGCGUGCACCAGAAGAUAUUUGAAAGUAAAUUAUUGCGGACCUGAUCCGGAAACGACUACAAUUAUGACAGCGGAUACAACACCUCAACCAGAAUUGUACCAAUAAUACAAUCUCGGCCAGCGGAUGAGUAGCCAGUACACCAAUCAACUGUCAACAUGCUACUGCAGCUUCAACAUUUUUCAAUCUCAUUUAAUGAUUAUAUUAAAAAUAUAUUUAUAGAUGAACUGUCUCAACCUAUCAUCUCCGUAUUGUAUUUUUCAGUUGUAAACAGUAUAUUGUAUUUCAUUAAUAGUGCAAAAUAAAUUAUAAUA